AUGUCUAACCCACACGUGUUAGAUUCUCCAGCUGUGAUUAUCGACAAUGGGUCUGGGCUCUGCAAAGCAGGCCUGUCCGGAGAGAUCGGGCCCCGCCACGUCAUCAGCUCCGUCGUGGGGCACCCGACAUGCAAGCUGGCCUCGGCGGGAGCCAACCAGAAGCAGCACUGCGUCGGGGAGCAGGCCCUGCGCAAGCAGGAGGCCUUCCACCUACGCUACCCCAUCGAGCGAGGCCUGGUCACCAGGUGGGAUGACGUGGAGAAGCUCUGGGGGCACCUGUUCGAGUGGGAGCUGGGAGUGAGAGCCAGCGAGCGGCCGGUGCUCAUGACCGAGCCCUCCCUGAACCCCAGGGAGACCCGGGAGAAGAUGGCGGAGGUGAUGUUCGAGAAGUUCCAGGUGCCCGCCUUCUACCUGUCGGACCAGGCCGUGCUGGCCCUCUACUCCUCGGCCUGUGUCACUGGCCUGGUGGUGGACAGCGGGGACGGGGUCACCUGCACUGUCCCCAUCUUCGAGGGGUACUCGCUGCCCCACGCGGUCACCAAGCUCUACGUGGCGGGGAGGGACAUCACGGAGCACCUCACGCAGCUGCUGCAGGCUGGCGGGUGGGCCUUCCCCUGUGCGCUGGACAAAGUCCUGGUGGACGACAUCAAGGAGAAACUCUGCUACGUGGCCCUGGAGCCCGAGAAGGAGCUGUCCCGGAGGCCGGAGGAGGUCCUGAGAGAGUACAAGCUGCCGGAUGGGAACACCAUCCAGAUCGGGGACCCGCUGUUCCAGGCCCCCGAGGCCCUGUUCACACCCACCCAGCUGGGCAUCCAAAACCCGGGCCUCUCCAAGAUGGUGUUCAGCAGCAUCACCAAGUGUGACGCCAACAUCCAGAGCAACCUCUACGGGGAGAUUGUGCUGUCUGGGGGCACCACCCUGUUCCAGGGCCUGGACGACAGGCUUCUGAAGGAGCUGGAGCAGCUGGCCUCCAAGGGGACCCCCAUCAAGAUCACAGCUCCCCCCGACAGGUGGUUCUCCACAUGGAUCGGAGCCUCUAUCGUCACCUCCCUGAGCAGCUUCAAGCAGAUGUGGGUCACCUUUUCGGACUUCAAGGAGUUUGGGACAUCCGUGGUUCAGAGAAGAUGCUUCUGA